CGAAGUCUCACAACGGUGACCUAGCUCCAGGCGUGCGGCGUCCAAAUCCCCUCAAUCAUGUCCUCGCGAGAGCCACCAACCAUCUUCAGUCCGCUACGACCGCGCAAUUCGACGUGUGGCUACUGCGGAUCUCCAGGAAAGCGCAGCGAGGCCCAAACCAGCUACCAUGCCGCGGAAGGCAUAGCACACGUGAUGGGUUGUCGUGUAUACCAGGAAAUGAUGGAUCGUGGCUGGAGACGGUCAGGCACGUACUACUACAAGCCGGACCUGAGGCGGUCUUGCUGUCCUCAGUACACGAUCAGGUCCAGGGCUCCUUCGGUCCUCGUGCGAUUGAAUCCACUGUCUGAUUACUGUAGUAUUAGGCUAGAUGCUAUUCGGUUCAGACCGUCGAAGAGCCAGCGGAAGCUAAUCAACAGGUUCAAUCGACAUAUAUCUAACGGAGACCAGCAUGACGGAGGCGCUUCCGUGGACAUAUCUGAAGGAACGUCGACGAAAGGAAAGGGGAGAAGGAAGGGAAAAGCGGAACAUGUUUUCAAGCUCGCCGAUGACAUACAUGCUGCCGAACUGCGCUUUCUUAGGGAUGAGACUCCAGCUCACAAAUACGAGGUUACUCUAGAGCCAGCCUCGUUCACUCAAGAGAAAUUUGCUUUAUAUCAGAGCUACCAGAAACAUAUUCAUAAUGAUGACGAUGUUACGCCGGGCGGUUUCACUCGCUUCUUAUGCAAGUCACUGCUUGUGCCGCGACCUAUAACCUAUCUAUCAGGAGCGCCGUCGCACCUCCCCCAAUCAUAUGGAUCGUUCCACCAGUUGCACAGAAUAGACGGGCAGCUCAUUGCGAUGAGCGUGAUAGACGUCGUGCCGAACUGCGUCUCUAGCGUCUACUUCAUGUAUGAGAAGAAAUGGGAGAAGUUCUCCUUGGGCAAGCUGAGCGCGAUGCGAGAAGUGUCCCUCGUGAAGGAGAUGCACGAGGCAGGCCUGACUGAUAUGAAGUUUCUCUACAUGGGCUUCUACAUUCACUCCUGCGUUAAGAUGCGAUACAAAGGCGAAUAUUCGCCUACAUACGUCCUAGACCCCGAGGACUAUACUUGGUUCCCUCUGGAACAGUUCCGGCCCCUCCUUGAUCAGUACCACUACGCGUCCUGUGCCCACCCGGACCGCUGUCUAGAUGCACCUGCUACUGAAGCAUAUCCCCCACAAGAACCCGAAGACGAGGUGCUGGAUAGAGUGCGCGUCAUGGUCGGCUUUGAACAGAAUACUAUCAUUGUAGGAAAUCUCACGGAGUCGGAUGAGUGGAAUGACAAUGGCGGCAGGUUCAAGGAAGCUAUCCUGAGAACACUGAACGGACUCGGCGACAAGUUGGCAGGUGAAAUCUUGCUAGACUUCAGCUAUGACAUUGCGGGGUAA